AUGCUCAAAAUUACUAUUAAAUACUUAAUAUUAUUUUUAGUUUUGAUCAUUCAAUUUACAUACCAAGACGAUGUUGACGAGCACAGUGAUUUAAUAAAAGUUAUAUCGAACUUUUUUAUCCAAAGACAUAUCCAAACAGUUACUGCUGCUACAUGUUGGCCUACAGAUGUAAACGAAGAAUUAUUAAAGACGUUUUCGACAAUCGACAAAUCUUUGAGUUUUUGUUUAUUCACCCCUCAAACAUACGCCACCUGGUAUAGACACGGAUACAUAGUUGAUUUGUCUUGUGAUGGGACACUAAACUUCUUGCAUAAGGUAUCAAACGAUCGAUUAUUCAACUUGCAAAACGACUGGUUAUUGUUUAACCAAAAAUCAAUUUCAAACACAAGUGAUACCUUGACGAUUGCUUCGAUUGUUUUUGAGACAUACUUGGGUAAAUCCUACGUUUUACCGGAUUCUGGUGUGUUCUUGUUUCAAAAAAUCGGAAAUAAUGUUUGGGAGAUUUGGAGUGGUUUCCGAGCAAGUAAAUUGGAUACUGUUCGAGUUUUCAAAACCGGUUUGGCAUCAAAAUAUAACAUAGAAAUAAACGAUUCGACUGAACUAAGAAUGAAUUUUCGGGGAGCUACAUUAAAAGCGACUACUGUGAUUUUUAAUCCAUCCGAAUUUGUCGGUUUCAAUCAGACAACAACAUCCGGCUUGGAUGUAUACACUUACAUGCAUUAUCCAAUGAUUCAAAUUUUAGGUUAUCAACUGAACUUCAAUUAUACCAUGAGAAUAACUGAUGAUCACGGCUGGUCUAACGGCAAUGGUUCUUUCUCCGGUUUAAUUGGUAAUUUGCAAAGAGAAGAAAGUGAUUUUGGUGCUGCUGGUUCGCUAAUGAGACUUGAUAGAAUGACAGCAGUUGAUUUUACAGUUGGGACAGUCUCUUUAGAGAGCAAUAUAUUAUUCAAACAACCGAUGUUAUCCAGUAUCACCAAUAUUCAUAUUAAACCAUUUAAGUAUGAAGUAUGGCAAAUUACCUUACUUAUGCUUAUCGGAUUCGUCUUGAUUCUUCUAUUUUUAAAUAAAUUCAAAGUAAAUCGCGGUCCAUCGAUAACUGUGUUGGACAUUAUUGGAUUAGUUCAAGGUGCUAUCUGUCAACAAGGUUAUACAAUUGUCUUAAUUUUGAAUUCUAUAAAAAUCGUGGUCUUUGUAUUAUUUCUAACUACCUUCUUUCUAUUCAACGCGUACUCAGCUUCAAUUGUGAGUUUAUUUCAGUCAACGAGCUCUUCAAUAAAUAACGUAAAAGAUUUUCUUCACGAAAAAUCAAUGACAAUGAGUAUACAGAUUGCCUCAUACGCAAAACCUUAUUUUAACGAAACGACAAAUGAAAUAUUGAGAAAACUUUAUGACAUGAAAAUAAAACCAUACGAUGAAAACAACUCGUUCACAGAUGCACAAAAGGGAAUUGAAAGGAUUCGCACUGAAUUCCACGGAUUUAUGGUUGAAAAAACGUCAGCUUAUCAAAUCAUCAAUAAAAAGUGGAGAGAAGAAGAGAAAUGUGGAUUAUAUGAAAUUCAACUGUUCAAACUACCUGUUCUAGCCAUACCAGUGGUCAAGAAAUCUGGUCACAAAGAUGUAUUCAAACAAAAGUUAAUUCAACAACACGAGGUUGGAAUUAGAAAACGAUUAAUUCAAAGAUGGACGCCACACAAGCCGACAUGUGACUCUGUGAAAAUAAAUAGGAAAUAUGUCAGUGUAUCUAUCAAAGAUAUACUUCCAACGAUAAUGUUGUUCGGUUAUGGGUUGUUAAUUUCUUUGAUGGUACUUAUGUUGGAACUAGCUUAUCAUUUCCUUAUGAACUACAUGAACAAUAAAUUUAAAAAAGCAGACAAAGCCACAAAAAUUAAAUUCAAAGGGAAAUUAUUAUAUCCUCAAGGAGAUCAGAAAUAUGAUAAAUAA